AUGAGUGAUCCCCUAGCAGCUAGUAGGCAAGCAAUGGAUGAAAAACAAUGCAAAGUGGAACUUGAGAGGUGGAUAAAUAUUGAAGAGAGCAUCUUGAUGCAAAAGUCUAGAGUGCAAUGGUUGAAAUUGGGGGAUGCUAACACCUCGUAUUUUCAUGCAUGUCUAAAGUCAAGGAAAAGUCAGAAGCAAAUAACACAAUUGAUGAGUCUUGAAGGCAUAGUAUUGUCAUCUGGAAGCCAGGUUGAAAGGGAAAUUACAAAGUUUUAUAAACAAUUGCUAGGUUCUGCAGCAACUAGUCUACCAACAGUGGACAUAACUGUCAAGGGUGGUGGUAAUGUUCUAUCAAGAGAUCAGCAGCUACAACUAGUUAGGCAGGUGGAGAAGGAAGAAAUAUGGAAAGCACUAGCUGGCAUCAGUGACACAAAGAGCCCUGGGUAUGAUGGGUUUAAUGCUUAUUUUUUCAAAAAAGGGUGGUUUGUUAUGGGAGAAGAGAUAACUAGUGCUAUUAUGGAAUUCGUUAAUACAACAAGAGAAUUUAUGGGUUGUAUGGGUCCAUACAUACUAUGUUAA